GCUCGAAGCACGCGACGCGGGUACGGCCAGCGCGAAACUCCGUCGCACGCACAAGUUUGUGUCGAACUGUGGUCGUGUAUGGAUCGUCGCGUGCUGCCGCGGAUCAGAUCACACGCAGAGGCUACCAGAGCAGAGCUAGCAAAACGUUAUUGAACGCGUGGCUUCGUACGCUGGCUUCUGGCGCAUAAGUGAAGGGCGAACCCAAGAACCGGAGAAGCAAGAAUACGGCGUACAAUAACAGCAAAGUGAGUUGGGGCAACCGGCAACCGAGCAAAGCGGCUGCAGGCCCCGUGACGUAAAACCUCGCAACGGAACCGAGUUGGAAAUGUUGAAAUAAAGAUAACCAAAUCACAAACAGUUCGAAAGUCGAAGGAAGGAAGCAAUAGCAGCAGCAGCAGCAACAGCAGUGAACUUUCUUCAGUUCGAUCCGUCAACCGUUGUGCGGUGCAGUUGGCGCGUACAGAAACGUUUCACCCGGACGAAAGGCAAGCGCUAAAGUUUACACUAAUAUUUUGCCUGCACCGAACGCAAACACACAUUACACGAGCGACCGUUUAACUGUGCUGGCUUGGGGUCGGUUUGUUUGAACGAGAGGAGGCACAGAAAAAGAAACGCCGACGAAACACUGGAAGGAAAAAGCUGUAAAGCUUGUCUUGAGGUGACUUUUGCCCACAUCUAGCGCCGCCUGCCGAGAGCCCAAACCGUCCCGGACAGACGGAUUUUCGGUUCGUACCCUCCCCUCCCCAAAAACACACCCUGUCCAAACAUCACGCCCAAGCGUCGAACGGUUUGCGCGGUAUAGCAUUACAACCGACAGCCGGUCCUGGGAAAAGAACUACCGGUUCCACCGUACCGAACGCUCCCGCACAAAAUGUCGUCCAGAUCAAAGGAGAAAGUAACGGCCGCCAUUAGGAAGUUCUUCAAAAGCUCGGAAAGCAAGAGCAAGGAAAGUAAAGACAAGGAUGGCAACGGCACCCACACGGCCGCCCCGACCGAGGGCGCCGAUUCGAGCCACCUGCAUCUUCCCGCCCACCAUCACCAUCCGUCCGCGGCGUCCGUAGCCCAUCCGGCCGGGCCGGGUGCGAGCGGGAUGGGCGGUAGUGGGUCGGGCGGACCGACGGCAGCAGUCGCCGGCAGUGGGAUGGCGAACGGCGGUGCCCCAGUGUCGAAUGGCACCGGUGGCAACAGUAAUAGCAGUAGCAGCAACAGUAAAGCCACCACUGACAGCCCCAUGCGGCGAUUACGAUGCGUUGUGGCACCCACCACCACCACUAUGGUGCACGUUCCUGUCUCGAAACCGCUUGACACCACCAUUCGGUCGAGGCGGCUAAUGAAGGAGCUGAAGGAAAUCGAACGGUUACAGCACUCCCGGACGGAUCCAUGCUUUACGGUGGAGCUGAUUAACGAUAAUCUGUACGAGUGGCACGCACGGCUGUUCCGGAUCGAUCCCGAUUCACCGCUGGCCGAAGAUUUGGUCGAGCUGAACAUACCCUUCAUCCUGCUGCACCUAGUGUUCCCGGAGAACUUCCCGUUUGCGCCACCGUUUAUGCGUGUCGUCGAGCCGCGGAUCGAGAAGGGGUUCGUGAUGGAGGGCGGUGCGAUUUGCAUGGAGCUGCUGACGCCCCGCGGCUGGGCCAGUGCCUACACGGUCGAGGCGAUACUGAUGCAGUUUGCCGCGAGCCUGGUGAAGGGGCAGGGCCGUGUGUCGCGCAAGCCAAAGUCGGCGAAGGACUUUAGCCGACGCUCCGCCGAGGAAGCCUUCCGAUCGCUGGUGAAAACGCACGAAAAGUAUGGCUGGGUGACACCCGCCCUGAACGACGGUUAGAAGGUUAGAUUGUUCAUUUUUGUACACACUAGUGCAAUGCACCUUAAGCUCGUAAAAGCAUUGAGAAGCGAUGCGUGGUAUAGGUGUUGUGAGUAUUUCGUUUCAUUUUUCGUCCCACAAAAGCUACACACCUUCUCUAGCUAGUAAAAUAUAUAUCAUAUACGUUUAACUCGAACUUGAACUCAACGCUUCAUUCGGAAUUUUACACCACUCUAUCAAAAUGUCCUAUUUGAGAAGAUCUCACCUUUGAAGCAGUGCGGGCAAAACUUGCCCGUAAAACUCGCCACCGUUGUCUGCCGGAACCAUAAAAAAUAAAAGAAAAUACAGUAAGCAAACGAACCGAUCUGUCCCUGAAUAACCGAAAAACCCGCGUGAUAUUUUUACGAUUAUAAACUCCUCGUAAGUGGCUCGUAAAUUUGAAGGAAUCGUAUGUAAAAUCGUUAAGUUUCGAGAGCUUUGAUAACACAGGACAAGCAGGUGAAGCAAUCCACCCAUACAAACAACCACUAGCAAGGUCCCCCUCCCUAAGCAAUGUACAAAAGCACCAGGAUAAUGCGCAAAACAAAAAAAAAACGGCAAAAAGAAACGCAUAAAUAGAGCGAAAAUCAGAUAGGAAGAAAAAAUGAAAUGUAUUUAGCUGCAUCGAUUGAUGCGUACCGAGAUCUAGAUAUAACUAUAAAGCAAACCGGAACCGUAGAGCAGGGCAAGCACACAAACAUUGGGUGUGAUUAAAUACGCAAACGCAAACUGAUUCAGGUUGGUGAGUAGAGCCGGAAAGGAAAGGAACAUUGUGAACCAACCCAAACCAAACCAAAACCAACUAACCGUGUGCUCAAAAAGUAUUAUACAUAUGCUGAUGAUUUGUUUGUUUUGGUGGGCAGGACGAGCUCCUCGCUUCGCUUGUGAUUGUGGUGCGAGUUAUUAGUAUUGCGUGUUACGGCUGGCCGAAAAGGGGACAGACAAAAGCAAGGAUAAAACACAGAGAGAGAAAGGCAAUGUGGCUUUGUUUAUGAAAUUGUUCAUCGCCGUGUAUAAGGAUAAAAGAUUUUUGUAAAUAAAAAAGCAGCCCGCAUAUUUUAAUGGUAUAAGAGAUGUAUUCCAACAAAUCGAA